UGCAGGGAGCUGGCUUAGCUCUGACCACGGCAGAUUUGGGCUGGAGGUUGCAGAGAAACCAUCUGAUGGGGAAGAAAGGGGCCGAGCGGAUCACGGGCUUCCUGGGGCUGCAGCCCCCGGCGCAGUUCCUCAUUCCGCUCGCACUCGGGCCUCAGGCUCAGUGGAGCUCAGCACUGGGGUCACUGCCCACUGCCCCAUCAUGGCGUCUGCUCUCACCGUCCUCUUCCUCGGCUGCUGGCUGGCUGGGCACAGCGGGGUGUGGGGAGAGCCCAGUUACCCCAAACCCAGCAUCUCCCUGAGCCCCAGUCAGGGGGUCUCCGUAGGGGGAGCCGUGGCUGUCUGGUGUCGGGGGAAGCGCCAGGGCAUGCAGUUCGUGCUGAAUAAAGAGGGACGCCAAUUCCAAACUGUGACUUCGAACGGGUUGGAGGCUGUGUUUUCCAUCAGCAACGUGAGCUGGGAGGACAGGGGGAGCUACAACUGCUCCUAUCACAGCAGAUCGGAGCCGUUCACCGUGUCGUCCCCCAGCGACCCCGUGGAGCUGGUGGUGAGAGAUGCCAGCUUACCCAGACCCUCCAUCUCGCUGAGCCCCACUGGGGACACCACCCCAGGGGCAGACGUCAUCAUCCGGUGUCAGGGGCAGCAACGGGACGCGAGGUUCUUUCUGCACAGGGCUGGAGACCUGAACCCACCGCGACACAUGGACCCUGCUGGGGACGGGGCCGAGUUCCACAUCCCCACCGUGGGUUGGCCGCACGGAGGGAACUACAGCUGCAGCUACCGGCCCCGAUCAGAGCCCUUCGUCUCCUCGCAGCCCAGCGACCCCGUGCAGCUGGUGGUCGCAGAUGCCAGCUUACCCAGACCCUCCAUCUCGCUGAGCCCCACUGGGGACACCACCCCAGGGGCAGACGUCAUCAUCCGGUGUCAGGGGCAGCAACGGGACGCGAGGUUCUUUCUGCACAGGGCUGGAGACCUGAACCCGCCGCGACACAUGGACCCUGCUGGGGACGGGGCCGAGUUCCACAUCCCCACCGUGGGUUGGCCGCACGGAGGGAACUACAGCUGCAGCUACCGGCCCCGAUCAGAGCCCUUCGUCUCCUCGCAGCCCAGCGACCCCGUGCAGCUGGUGGUCGCAGAGCCCAGUUACCCCAAACCCAGCAUCUCCCUGAGCCCCAGUCAGGGGGUCUCCGUAGGGGGAGCCGUGGCUGUCUGGUGUCGGGGGAAGCGCCAGGGCAUGCAGUUCGUGCUGAAUAAAGAGGGACGCCAAUUCCAAACUGUGACUUCGAACGGGUUGGAGGCUGUGUUUUCCAUCAGCAACGUGAGCUGGGAGGACAGGGGGAGCUACAACUGCUCCUAUCACAGCAGAUCGGAGCCGUUCACCGUGUCGUCCCCCAGCGACCCCGUGGAGCUGGUGGUGAGAGAUCCCAGCUUACCCAGACCCUCCAUCUCCGUGAGCCUGGCUUCGGUCACCGCCUCAGGGGCGGACGUCACCAUCCGGUGUCAGGGGCAGGGCCGGGACGUGAGGUUCUUCCUGCACAAGGCUGGAGACCUGAACCUGCCGCGACACAUGGACCCUGCUGGGGACGGGGCCGAGUUCCACAUCCCCACCGUGGGCCGGCAGCACGGAGGGAGCUACAGCUGCAGCUACCGGCCCCGAUCCGAGCCCUUCAUCUCCUCGCAGCCCAGCGACCCCGUGCAGCUGGUGGUAGCAGGGCGUGAAUUUCUCAAACCCACCAUCUCAGUGAGCCCCAGCCGGGUGGUGGCGCUUGGGGGAAGCGUCACCAUCCGCUGUGAGGGUUCAUACCCGGGCAGGGAGUUCUUUCUGCAUAAAGCUGGACACCCGAACCUGCAGGUGCAGACGGUGCCUGAUGGGACCGUGGCUGAAUUUCCCAUCCCCAGUGUCAGCCAGGAAGAUGGAGGGAGCUACACCUGCGACUAUCGCUCCAUAACGGAUCAGAAUUGCACAUCGCAUCCCAGCGACGCCGUCGAGAUCAUUGUAGGGGAGCCCAGUUACCCCAAACCCAGCAUCUCCCUGAGCCCCAGCUGGGGGGUCGCCCUGGGGGGAGCCAUGGCUGUCUGGUGUCAGGGGCAGCACCGAGGCGUGCGGUUUGUGCUGAAUAAAGAGCGACGCCAUUUCUCACCUGUGGAUUCGAACGGGUUUGGGGCUGUGUUUCCCAUCAGCAAAGUGCGCUGGGAGGACAGGGGGAGCUACAGCUGCUCCUAUCACAGCAGAUCGGAGCCGUUCGCUGUGUCGUCCCCCAGCGACCCUGUGGAGCUGGUGUUGAGAGAUCCCAGCUUACCCAGACCCUCCAUCUCUCUGAGCCUCACUGGGGUCACCACCUCAGUGGCAGAUGUCACCAUCCGGUGUCAGGGGCAGCGCCGGGACGUGAGGUUCUUCCUGCACAAGGCUGGAGACCUGAACCCACUGCGACACAUGGACCCUGCUGCGAAUGGGGCCAAGUUCCGCAUCCCCAACGUGGGCCGGCAGCACGGAGGGAGCUACAGCUGCAGCUACCGGCUCCGAUCAGAGCCCUUCAUCUCCUCAGAGCCCAGUGACCCCGUGCAGCUGGUGGUAGAAGAGCCCAGUUACCCCAAACCCAGCAUCUCCCUGAGCCCCAGCUGGGGGGUCGCCCUGGGGGGAGCCAUGGCUGUCUGGUGUCAGGGGCAGCACCGAGGCGUGCGGUUCGUGCUGAAUAAAGAGCGACACCAUUUCCCACCUGUGGAUUCGAACGGGUUGGAGGCUGUGUUUCCCAUCAGCAAAGUGCGCUGGGAGGACAGGGGGAGCUACAGCUGCUCCUAUCACAGCAGAUCGGAGCCGUUCGCUGUGUCGUCCCCCAGUGACCCCGUGGAGCUGGUGUUGAGAGGUGAGGGGCCCGGCUCGGCGUCCUCAUUCCCAGCCCUACCCCUAGCCAGACCCUCAUGGGGGCUCAGUGCCAAUGGGACACUCAGAGUGAGGCUCUGCCCUAAGCCCUGACCCCGCAGUGGGGAC